UAUAAACAAAGACAAAAUAUAGACUUCUUGGAACUAUGGCGCAGACUCUUUGUCAGAGCGAUGGCACGGCUCCAUCUGCACCUUCCGUGUCCUUUAAUCAAGUGAUGAACGCCAUCUCGAGCUGUGCAGCAGACAGCGUUCGCGCUCUCCUCGACCAGGAACCACAACUUGCACAUACUUUCGGUUGGCAUCGACAAACUGCUUUGCAUCGAGCAUGCCUGUCUGGCAGCAUUGGCAUUGUGCAGAUUUUGCUAGAGAGGAAUGCAGAUCCGAAUGCCAGAAAUAACUUUGAUGAGACACCAUUGCAUUAUGCAUGUAAGCGUGGUGUUCCAACUGUUGUGCUGUUGCUGGUGGAGCAGGGUGCUGAUGUCACACUUGUUGACAAACAGGGCAAGGGUGUGCUGCACCAUGCAGCAGAAGCAGGCAGUGUACCUGUGCUGCAUCUGCUCUGCAGCAAGUUUCCAGAACUGCAGCUUACUUGCCAGGAUAAUAACCUCCAGACUCCACUUCAUGUUGCAUGCAAGUCUGCACAGUUAGAUGCCUUUAAGUACCUUAUUAGAAAAGGGAGAAGUGACUUGAAGAAAGCAGACAGUGAUGGAAACUGGGCACUUCAUAUUGCUGCGCAAGAGGGAUACGGCCAUAUGGCUUGGUCACUACUGUGCCUGCUAGGUGCACAGGCAAUUCACUUAAGAAACAGACAUGGCUGCUCUCCUUAUGAACUAGCAAUUAUGUGUGACACUCAAGGCCAUAAAGAACUGAUAACAGAACUUGAAUGGCUGAGGCGCAGGCCUUUUGGUUCAAGUGUCACUCAGAAAGCCAGUCUCCUCUGGUCCUUCUUCCUUGUGCUGCCAAUGCUCUUAUACACAUCAGCAGUCAUACUGACAAAGAUGGUGCCAUCCUACGAUGGAGUAUUUUUUCUUGCUGCUGUUGUGCCAACUAUAUGGCUAUUACAGAAAAGCUUCCAUCGUCUAGAUCAUGUUUCAAGGUGGCCCAACCCCUUCUAUGCUGGAGUUUUUGCUGCAGGAUUGGCUCACACAAUAGCUGUAUAUUACAUUGUGAUCAUGCCGUAUUUGCUUGACUCUGUGCACCUUGUUUUGCUAUCAGCUCUUUUGACAAUGGUUGUUGUCUCUAUGUACAUCAGACUCAUCACUGCUGAUCCUGGCAUUGUUAACAGUUCAGCUAAAGAUCCAACAUCUGGUAAGCCUUUGACAAUCAUUGACAUCUGCAAGCCAGCAGGAAAAUGGGAAACUUUUUGUGUUCAUUGUGAGAUUGUACAGCCUGAGCUGACAAAACACUGCAAGCUGUGUGAUCACUGCAUGGUAGGGAUGGAUCACCACUGUCUCUUCCUUCUCAACUGUAUUGCACAUGGCAACCAUACCCUUUUUGUCUGGUUCAUCCUGACUUGCAUGCUGUGCAUGGGCCUCUUUGUUUUGGGAGUGUAUGUCUACUGUGUUCAGGUGUAUGUGGGCCAUGGAUGGGGCCAAGCUUUGCAAGCACUGGUGACCAGGGAUGGGUGGGUAUUCAGCCUGCUGCUGAUGAACUGUGCUGGGUUCCCUUGGGGUGUCAGCUUGUUAAUGUAUCAGUAUUCUGUUGUAUCAAAUGGCUACAAGUCUUACUUUGUGCCAGAGCAUCACGGUGAUGUGCUUACAGCAUAUGAAAAAUGGCGAAAUGUUGUGAACUUUUUGUUUAACAGAAAGCCGUACAUUGUCAAUCCUUGCCUUAGAGUCUGAUUAUUUGUAAACUUCAUAAACUCUCAAUGUCAGAGGAUGAGACUGUCAAAGAUUGUGCAAGAUGUAAAAGCUUGUAUACUUUUUUCUAGCCUCACUCAGUAAAAAUGUGCUAUCAUAAAAAUUUACAAGAUCUUUUAGUAUUUCAUUGUGGUUAAUAUUUUACCAUAAACAUAUAUGAUUACAUCCUGUAAUCAUCCAGUUAAUGUAUUGAAACUAUGACAUUUUUUUGCAUAGUUUUACAAAGGAUGGCUUGAUAUGUUUCCUUAUUUUAUAGAAAACUGUAUUUUUGCUAAAUAACAUGGAUACAUGGUGUGCUAGUCUGUUGUAAAGCAAGUGAGUGAAAUACUUUGCACUUUAUGAAUGUUUAUCAGAGAGAUAAGGGAUUGAUGUGGCUUAAGACUUGCUUGUAAAUAUGCACUGUUGAAAUACAAUUAACAUGAAACAAUAGAAGUACUAGGGCAUUGUGCAACUGAUUAUUUUCUUAUGUUAGCUUUGUCUUUAGCCAAACUGCCUAAAAUGAGUCUACAUAGUCUCAGGCCUUGUCUUUUAUUAUAUAUACAUAUUUUUCUUUGUCUUUUCCCUCCUUCCUGUUCUGAAGUAACAGGAUGUGCCCACAAGACAGGGCAGUAUAUAAAUGUGAGUCCUAUUUUUUGUCUUAGGAAAGGCCAUCAAGGUAUGUGUACAGCUGCUUGUGCUUAAGAUGACUUACUGAGAAAUAUCAUUGUCCGCAGUUUUCAUUGUGUAAUUUAUGUUCACUCAUAUCACAUGGUCUUCCUGUUCCUGAUGGAUUUUUAAUAUUUUCCUAAUGCUUACAUUUGAAACUACUCUAUCAAUAACUUCCUGAUCACACCAUGUCUAUAUCUGUGAACAUUUGCUGUUCUGUCUGUAGUGUUAUUGCACUCACUAGCUUAAUAGGGAUCAAAGCAAGCCACCAAAAGUUGUGAUUUUCUUACAUGUCUUUCAAUGGUCUUAUCAUAUAUGUCUAGUUCUUGUGAAAGGUCAACAAUACAGUGUUGUAAGAUGAAGUCAUCCUGUCAGAAUGGGGCUAAGUUUUACUUUGCAUAUCUUCUAAUAGCUUAAGCUAAAAGAAGAAAUGCAGCUAACCAAAAAUUCACAGAAAAUUUGAUCUGAACCAAGCUAGGGUGCCCUGGGCCAGUUAUAGCAAAAAUCUCUCAACUGUGAUUUAUUGUCAACUUUUAAUAUACUACUUUAUUUAAACCAAGUUUAUUCUAUUGAGUACUUAAUAUGCACGGCGUCAGUGUAACAAAAUAGUACUCUUGCGCUUAUUGCUAUGUUCUUUAUGUCCCCAUCCCUGCCAUGUUGAGGUGAACAGUCCAUUUUCUGCAAUAAAGGCAUGACUUUUUGAGUGAAAGGGUAGAUAAACAUUGCAGUGCUGUAGUUGGGUGACGUCCCGUUCCCUGGCAGGCUGUCAGCGCUCAGUGAUCGUACGCGGACAGACCAGAUCAAACGGCAUGGUGCAAUAUAUCGACGACCAUUUUCCGCUAAAAAGGGACAGUCUGAAUUGAAAUUGAUGUCGAAAGUU